AUGAUCCGCCCAAGACACCUCCCCCUUCGUUCCCUCGCCCGCACUCCCCUCGAACGACCCACAUACCGCCCCGCCCCCCUCGCACGCCGCCUCCUCUCCACCUCCAACACCCCCAACACCCCCAGAUCCACCGGCUCCUUCUACAUCUCCAAUGUCUUUCCCAUCAAAUUCGGCCGCUUUGACCCCCGCCCUGCCCUCGCUUCUCUAGAGCAAGAGACAUUACUGGACCAGCUGCAUGCCAUAGCGAGUGGCGUAGACGCGCAUGGGUUUACGGUGGAGAGUUUCGAAGUCAGCUGGAAAGAUGGAGGUGUGUUCAUGCACUACUCUUACGUGCCUCCAACAGAGGACGUGACGCCAACAGCAGAUGCUGAGGCUGCUGAGGAAAAAGUCGCCAGACUAGGUGUGGAACCUGGACUCGCGAGCUGGACGAAGAACCUCCCUGGACGGCUGUUCAUCCCGCACCUCGAGGAGAGCGCCAAAGCGCACGGGGGAUGGCCGAGCUGGUUGGGCAAGUACUGGGCAAGCAAGCAGUGGAGUGAUAGGAAUAGAGAAGUACCGGGGCAUACGCUGUACUCGGCUGUGGAAGAGGAUGUGGAUGGGACGGUUGAGGAAGGUGGCGGCUUGAGAAAGGGAAGUGUGGGGGGCGUUAGGGGGCUGCAGGCUGCUGCUGGUGGCGGAAGAGUAUGGGUGGUCAAGGGCAAGCAAUGGACAGAGGAUAUGAACAGGUUCGCCUCGAAUAGACUACGGGUCGAGUUUGAAGGCCCCGACGUCUCUCAAGAGAUGCUCUACACCCUCUUCAGACCCUACGGCCGCCUCGCAGACAUAACCCCCCCUUCCCCCGUCCCCUCUGGCUCCCUCCGAUACGCCGUCGUAUCCUACUCCGGCCUCACCCCCGCCGCCAUCGCCAUCAACUCGCUUCACGGCUAUUCUACCGCCACCAACAGCGCCGACUUUUCCCUUAGGGUAUCUUCUGCCAGAACACAAGGGGAGGGGGAGGAGAAGAAGCCGAUACCGAUGAGUCGGCUGAGGCUGUAUUAUGAAAGACCGUUGAAGGCGCAUGCGAUGAGGGAUUGGGUGAGCUCGCAUCCGAGGUUGGUGUUGCCGGUGGUAGCUUUCUUGAUUGGUACUCUGAGUUACACUUUCUUCGACCCCAUCCGAGAAUUCUUUGUAAGGUCCAAGUUGGAAGGCGUGUGGGAUAUCGAAAAGUAUUCCUUGAUCAAGACGCUCCGCUCCAAAUUCUCCCUCCCUACCUCCUUCUCCUCCUCCUCCUCCUCUUCCGACUCUUCAGACGAAGAGGGUCUAGGCCGCAAUGCCUGGAAAGACCGUGUCGAAGCUGAAAAGGGUGUCGAAUCCUGGCUCGCCGAGUAUCCUAGCACGUUUAUCGCCAUCACCGGUCCUCCAGGAUCUGGGAAAGGUAGUCUGGUGCAGAGAGUGUUGAAGCAGCAGGACAAGCCGGCGAUGGUCAUUGACUGUGAAGCUAUUGCAAAGGCCAAGAAUGAUGCGGGGCUUGUGAGCGCUCUGGCAGAACAGACUGGCUAUUACCCAGUGUUUUCCUUCAUGUCCUCCAUCUCUGGCUUGAUCGACCUCGCCGCGGUCGGCCUGAUCGGCCAAAAAGCAGGCUUCUCAACCCCCACCGACCAACAGCUCCGCCAGAUCCUCGAAACCGUCGGCUCCGCCCUCAAAGACGUCACCGCCCACGCCCUCAAAUCCCACGCCGACGACGUGCAGUACCAAAAAAGCAACCUCGAGCUCGAAAAACUCAAGGACAAGAGAAGGGAGAUGAUCAGGAGGGGGUGGCAUGAUGGGAGGUUGGAUUGUGUAGCUGGGAAUGGACUGAGUGAACUUGGGGGUGGGGAAGAGCCGUUUUGGGAGGAUGAUAUGGAUCAGACGGUGGCUGUGACUACCGAAUCUCUCGGUACCAUCCCUUCUCAACCCAUCAUGCCCCAACCCGCCUCAGAAACCCAACAGUCGAACGAGCUUGACCCUGAAUCAGACGCCAUCAAGUCUCUCCCCAUCAUCGUCCUCAAAAACUUUGCCCAAAAGACAGCCAAGGGCGAUCUCUGGAACGUGCUCGCUGAAUGGGGAGCCAGUCUUGUCGAAAACAAGAUUGCGCAUGUGAUUGUUGUUACGGAAGGACCGACAGCGACGAAAGCGCUGACAAAGUCGUUACCGGCCAAGCCAUUGAACCUUGUCGGGUUGGCAGAUGCAGACGAGACGAAUGCGCUCGCAUACGUCUCUGAAAAACUCCGGCACCACUCUUCUUCCGCCAGAUCCUCCCUUUCCGACGACAAGAGCGUCAACACCCUCUCCGCCGAGGACAGCGCGCAAAUAGCCAAACUCGGCGGCCGUAUGGUCGACCUCGAAACGCUCGUCUACAAAGUCCGUUCGGCAGGGCUCAAGAUCCAAGAUGCGGUGGAUGAUAUCAUUUUGAGGAAUGUGGUGGAGCUGAGAAAGGCGGCGUUUGGGGAUGAUAGUGUUGAUGCGAAGGGGUUGGCGUGGACGAGGGCGCAGGCUUGGAAGGUUGUGAAUGAGCUUGCAAAGAAGGGCGAGAUUCCGUAUGCCAACUUGUUGCAAGAGUUCCCGUUCAAGGGGAGCGAGCAGAGCUUGAAGGCGUUGGAAGAGCAUGAGCUGGUAUCGGUUUCGUAUGUGGACGGGCGGGCGUCGAUGGUGAAGCCUGGCAAGCCGGUGUUCCGAUACGCCUUCCAGGCUCUUGUCAAUGACCCGGUGUUCAAAGCUUCAUCCCAGAUCGAGUACAACACCGCCGUCAUCGCCAAAUCCGAAUCCGACAUCCAGAAGUACGAGCAAGAGCUCCAACAGCUCAAGAACAUCACCUCCGACGGCGGUUCCGAGGCUCUGGGUAUCUCUAGCGGAUGGCUGAGUUUGGGGCUGGGUGGGAAUAGGGCCAUUAGGGAUAGGGGACGUUGGUUGUUGGAUAAGAUGGGUGAUUUGGUGGAUAAGGUUGGGAAUUUGGAGAGGGAGAAUAAGGAGUGUGUGAAGGUUUUGAAGACAGGGAGAUGA